AUGGAGGAAGUAGAGCUUGCGUCCAACUCAAGUGAGGUUUCGGGCACAAACCCACAUCCGAAAAUGCCCCAACCAAUGCAUUCAAACACACAGAACCUGGGCAGUGUUUCAUUUCUUGGCCUCUUUGCUGCUGCUGAUCAAAUGGACUAUAUCUUAAUGCUUUUCGGAAGUUUCGGAUCGUGUAUCCAUGGUGCAGCAUUUCCUGUAUUCUUUGUCUUGUUUGGUGGGAUGAUUGAUUCUUUGGGGCAUAUGGCUAUGCGUUCUAACGAAAUGUCUUCCCGGAUUUCUGAGUAUGCUUUGUACGUGGUCUGUCUUGGAAUUGUUCUUUUUAUAUCAGCGUGGAUAGGUGUGGCAUCUUGGACGCGAACUGGUGAGAGGCAGACAGCUCGUUUGCGAUUGAAGUAUCUUCAAUCAGUUCUAAGAAAGGAUAUAAGUUUUUUCGACACUGAAGCCAGAGAUGCUAACAUCAUUUUCCACAUUUCAAGUGAUACAAUAUUAGUCCAAGAUGCAAUAGGAGACAAGACAGGCCACACUUUGCGUUACCUUUCUCAGUUUGUUGUUGGAUUCGUCAUUGGAUUUACAUCUGUAUGGCAGCUCACGCUUCUUACUUUAGCUGUGGUUCCACUGAUAGCUAUUGCAGGGGGUGCUUAUACCAUAAUCAUGUCCACCUUAUCAGAAAAAGGUGAAGCUGCUUACGCUGAAGCCGGAAAAGUUGCUGAAGAGGUUAUUUCACAGAUUCGUACUGUGUACUCAUUUGUUGGAGAGGACAAAGCUAUUGAAACAUACUCUGAGUCACUUAACAAGGCACUCAAACUUGGUAAGAAAAGUGGGGUUGCAAAGGGAGUAGGUGUAGGCUUUACAUAUGGACUGUUGUUUUCUGCGUGGGCAAUGCUUCUCUGGUAUGCUGGCAUAAUGGUAAGACAUCAUGACACAAAUGGAGGCAAAGCAUUUACAAUGAUCAUCAAUGUCAUCUUCAGCGGAUUUGCUCUUGGUCAAGCUACUCCAAACCUGGCUGCCAUUUCUAAAGGCCGAGCUGCUGCUGCAAAUAUCAUGAACAUGAUUGAAUCAGAUUCUAAUUCCUCUAAUGUAUCAGACAAGGGAGUAGUGUUGCCAAAAGUAACAGGGAAGAUUGAGUUUUGUGAUGUUUCUUUUGCCUAUCCAUCACGACCCAACGUGGUGUUCGAAAACCUGAGCUUUUCGAUUAGUGCUGGCAGGACUUUUGCAGUUGUUGGUCCCAGUGGUUCAGGAAAGAGCACCAUUAUAUCCAUGGUUCAACGAUUCUACAACCCCUCUUCAGGUAAAAUACUGUUGGACGGAAAUGAUGUUUCAACUCUACAACUGAGAUGGCUACGGGAACAGAUGGGAUUGGUAAGUCAAGAACCAGCAUUGUUUGCCACUACUAUAGCUGACAAUAUCCUGUUUGGUAAAGAAGACGCCGGCAUGGAUGAGAUCAUAGAAGCUGCUAAAGCUGCCAAUGCACAUUCUUUUAUUCAAGGUUUACCUGAUGGCUACAAAACUCAGGCUGGAGAGGGAGGAACUCAGCUUUCAGGAGGGCAGAAACAGAGAAUAGCUAUUGCUAGAGCAGUUCUGAGAAACCCGAAAUAUUAUCCAUCGAUUCUUCUUUUAGAUGAAGCCACAAGUGCAUUGGACACAGAGUCUGAGAAGCUGGUUCAGGAGUCCCUUGAUAAGCUAAUGGAAGGCCGAACAACCAUUUUGGUAGCACACAGAUUGUCAACUAUUCGUGAUGCAAACAAGAUUGCACUGCUGCAAAAUGGUAGGGUGGUGGAAAUGGGCAGCCAUGAGCAGCUGAUUGGAACACCCGCAACAACUUCGGCUAAUUGGUAUACAAUGGAGGAAGUAGAGCUUGCCUCCAACUCAAGUGAGGUUUCGGGCACAAACCCACAUCCGAAAAUGCCCCAACCAGUGCAUUCAAACAAGCAGAACCUGGGCAGUGUUUCAUUUCUUGGCCUCUUUGCUGCUGCUGAUCAAAUGGACUAUAUCUUAAUGCUUUUCGGAAGUUUCGGAUCCUGUAUCCAUGGUGCAGCAUUACCUGUAUUCUUUGUCUUGUUUGGUCGGAUGAUUGAUUCUUUGGGGAAUAUGGCUAUGCAUCCUAACGAAAUAUCUUCCAGGAUUUCUGAGUAUGCUUUGUACGUGAUCUAUCUUGGAAUUGUUCUUUUUAUAUCAGCAUGGAUAGGUGUGGCAUCUUGGACGCGAACUGGUGAGAGGCAGACAGCUCGUUUGCGAUUGAAGUAUCUUCAAUCAGUUCUAAGAAAGGAUAUAAGUUUUUUCGACACUGAAGCCAGAGAUGCUAACAUCAUUUUCCACAUUUCAAGUGAUACAAUAUUAGUCCAAGAUGCAAUAGGAGACAAGACCGGCCACACUUUGCGUUACCUUUCUCAGUUUGUUGUUGGAUUCGCCAUUGGAUUUACAUCUGUAUGGCAGCUCACGCUUCUUACUUUAGCUGUGGUUCCACUGAUAGCUAUUGCAGGGGGUGCUUAUACCAUAAUCAUGUCCACCUUAUCAGAAAAAGGUGAAGCUGCUUACGCUGAAGCCGGAAAAGUUGCUGAAGAGGUUAUUUCACAGAUUCGUACUGUGUACUCAUCUGUGGGAGAGGACAAAGCUAUUGAAACGUACUCUGAGUCACUUAACAAGGCACUCAAACUUGGUAAGAAAAGUGGGGUUGCAAAGGGAGUAGGUGUAGGCUUUACAUAUGGACUGUUGUUUUCUGCGUGGGCAUUGCUCCUCUGGUAUGCUGGCAUACUUGUAAGACAUCAUGACACAAAUGGAGGCAAAGCAUUUACAACGAUCAUCAAUGUCAUCUUCAGCGGAUUUGCUCUUGGUCAAGCUACUCCAAACCUGGCUGCCAUUUCUAAAGGCCGAGCUGCUGCUGCAAAUAUCAUGAACAUGAUUGAAUCAGAUUCUAACACCUCUAAUGUAUCAGCCAAGGGAGUAGUGUUGCCAAAAGUAACAGGGAAGAUUGAGUUUUGUGAUGUUUCUUUUGCCUAUCCAUCACGACCCAACAUGGUGUUCGAAAACCUGAGCUUUUCGAUUAGUGCUGGCAGGACUUUUGCAGUUGUUGGUCCCAGUGGUUCAGGAAAGAGCACCAUUAUAUCCAUGGUUCAACGAUUCUACAACCCCUCUUCAGGUAAAAUACUGUUGGACGGAAAUGAUGUUUCAACUCUACAACUGAGAUGGCAACGGGAACAGAUGGGAUUGGUAAGUCAAGAACCAGCAUUGUUUGCCACUACUAUAGCUGACAAUAUCCUGUUUGGUAAAGAAGACGCCGGCAUGGAUGAGAUCAUAGAAGCUGCUAAAGCUGCCAAUGCACAUUCUUUUAUUCAAGGUUUACCUGAUGGCUACAAAACUCAGGCUGGAGAG